AUGGUUACCAAGUUAUUUUCUCGGUUCCAGAAUGAUGAUAAGCCCCAAGCGCGCCGCGCCGAACUGAUGCGGCGUCACGAAACUGUAAAUGCUAAAUUGGAAGAGGCCCUUCGUCGCCGCUCCUGCUAUGAUUCGCUAAUCUGCAAAAAGAACAUCUAUGCUGAAGUAGAGAGGUGUGCUAUGUUGGCGAACCGCUUGAACCAGCUCUAUACGAGAAUGACCUAUGUAAGAUCACUUCCGACUUUUGUGCCCCCGGCCGCCAAUUACAUGCAUUAUACGCUUUUGGAGGAAAUGGACCUUGCUAGCCCGCCAAUUGUUGAAGAGGCCUCACUGCUAGAAGUGCUGGAUGAUAAAGACUUGCGACAGCUCGAUUCGGACGUGAUUCUUAUGGAAAACACAUUGAAGGACAUGCAGCCCAACCUACCCAGCCAAGAAGAGUUUACGGAGUUGACAAUUGCUGCCCGAGCAUUGAAAUACAGUCCAGUGGCUGCAGCUAUUAUUAAAACGUUCUGUACCCACUACGACUGUGAAAAGAAAGUGCUAGCUGAACUGCAAGAAACAAUCACAAGUUUGGAAUUCCAUAUUAGCAACGCCGUUGAAUGUUUUGGUUUGGGUCCCUUCCAAUCUCUAGAUGAUUUUGCUGCAACCAUCAUGCUUAUUAAUCACCGUGCAUAG